AUGUUUUCUUUGAAGAUUACCGUUGCCCUUUGCAUUGUUGCGGCUGCGACCGCGUAUCCUUCUCCCAGCGAAGACGGCAGGUGGAACCCUUACAAAUAUGGCGAUGAUGGCAAGUACAUUCCCGGCAAUGAGGGCAAGUACAUUCACAUUCCGAACCCCUACAUCCACAUCGACAACCCUUACGAUGGAGGCUUUGGACCUUAUUCACACGACUAUGAACCUUAUGUCGGAGAGGCAUCAGUAGACCAGUACAGACUCAUCAAGUACCCAGGAGAAGAUAAUCCCUUCUACACAAAGGGAUACUACCAGAACAAUGGCAUCAAGAUCAUCAAGCAGAACCACAACUACAAGGAGGACAAAUACGACUUCGAUUUCGAAACUGAAAACAAGAUCCGUGCUGAAGAGAAAGCUAUUCUGAAGAACCCCAACACCAUUGAUGAAGGCAUUGCUUCCAAGGGUUUCUACGAGUACAUUGGACCCGACGGUUUCAUGUACAGGGUAGACUACACCGCCGACGAGAACGGUUUCCGUCCCUCAGUGAAGAGAUUAGAAACCCCGUAUUCUGGCAAGUGGAUAUACGAAAAAGUCAACUAA